AUGGAUGAUGAUUGGGAUGAUACAGGUGAUGUAAUACAGCCCCAAAUAGAUAACAACUAUGGCAUUGAUGAUGUAGAUGAAGGUCAUAGUCUCUCCAGGGGUAGAGGCUUCCCAACUUUCAUUGAAGAUAAUGAUGACUUUAAUAAAGUGGGAAGUAACGGCUACGGGGAGCGUCGUGGUCGCGGCGGCAGGGGAGGGCGCGGUCGAGGAGGUGGUGGCCGCGGGGGUCGGGGAGGAGGGAGGGACCGCAGCGACUAUGAAAAUGGUGGUGACAGCUAUGAGAACGGAGACAAAGGCGAUCGACCCGAAAGGGGUGAACGCGGUCGAGGGAGGGGCAGGGGUCGUGGGGGGAGGGGAGGGGGUGGCUCCCGACCCGACGGGGACAGUGAAUAUGUUGAUGGCGAAGAUGAGGCCAAGAAACCACCAGUGACCUACGUUCCACCGGAACCUACGGAAAAUGAAGAGGAAAUAUUUAGCAGUACCAUUAGCUCGGGAAUCAAUUUUGACAAAUUUGAUUGUAUUGCUGUAAAGGUGACUGGUGAAAAUCCACCGCGUGCUAUUGAGAGUUUUGAAACCGCAAAUCUUCGGAAAUACGUGCUAGAUAAUAUUCUAAAGUCUGGCUACAAAAAACCAACGCCCAUUCAAAAACACGCAAUACCAAUUAUAAUGGCAGGAAGAGAUUUGAUGGGAUGUGCUCAGACUGGUUCUGGGAAAACUGCAGCGUUCUUACUGCCUAUAAUAAAUACACUUCUGCAAGACCCACGCGAUUUGGUUACUGGACCUAAUGGAUGUGCUCAACCACAGGUUAUAAUUGUGGCUCCCACACGAGAAUUAACACUGCAAAUAUUUAAUGAAGCCAGGAAAUUUUCGUAUGGUUCAAUUUUAAAAAUUGCUGUAGCUUAUGGUGGUACUGCUGUCAGACAUCAAGGAGAUAAUAUAUCUCGUGGCUGUCACAUCUUGGUCGCAACGCCGGGACGUCUUCAUGAUUUUGUAGAGCGUAGCCGAGUCUCAUUCGACGGAGUUCGAUUUGUAGUACUGGAUGAGGCUGAUCGUAUGCUUGACAUGGGAUUCAUGCCUAGUGUCGAAAAGAUGAUGGAUCACCCAACAAUGGUGUCCUUAACAGAACGUCAAACACUGAUGUUCUCAGCCACAUUCCCAGAAGACAUUCAGCAUUUGGCAGGCCGUUUUUUGAACAAUUACUUAUUCGUUGCCGUGGGAGUGGUGGGAGGUGCCAGUGCUGAUGUUGAACAAAUAUUCCAUCAAGUUACCAAGUAUGAGAAGCAGAACAUGCUCAAGAAGCUCAUUGAGGACAAUGACGGCAAGCGCAUCCUAGUGUUCGUGGAGACGAAGCGCAACGCGGACUUCAUAGCGGCGAUGCUGUCGGAGCAGCAGCUGCUCACGUCGUCCAUCCACGGCGACCGCAUGCAGCGCGAGCGCGAGGAGGCGCUGCACAACUUCAAGAGCGGCCGCCACUGCAUCCUCGUGGCCACCGCCGUGGCGGCGCGCGGCCUCGAUAUCAAAAAUGUGGACAUUGUCGUGAACUAUGAUCUGCCGAAGAGCAUAGACGAGUAUGUGCACAGAAUUGGGAGAACAGGUCGUGUCGGAAACCGGGGAAAAGCUGUGUCCUUCUUUGAUUCUGAAAAGGAUGUUGCUCUAGUAGCAGAUUUAGCUAAAAUACUGCGACAAGCAGAUCAAUCUAUACCAGACUUCUUGCAAGGAGGAGGAGCGAAAUUUAAAUUAUUUAAAUUUAUUUGUUUACAGAAUUUCAACAAUGCAAGCACAAUGGUUGAUGGUCAAGGAGAGGAGCCAGAUGAGGACUGGUAA